UUGAUGAAAUAGAUGCGACAUGGCGGUGUUGCUGGAAACAACGUUAGGGGAUAUUGUGAUUGAUUUAUACACAGAGGAGAGACCGAAAGCCUCGCUGAACUUCCUGAAACUGUGCAAAAUCAAAUAUUACAACUACUGUCUGAUUCACAAUGUUCAGAGAGAUUUCGUCAUUCAGACGGGCGACCCCACCGGCACGGGCAGAGGAGGAGAGUCUGUGUUCUGUAAACUGUAUGGCGAUCAGGCACGCUUCUUUGAGUCUGAGAAGUUGCCGAGGAUCAAGCACAGAAAGAAAGGGACCGUGUCUAUGGUGAACAACGGCAGUGACCAGCACGGCUCUCAGUUUCUGAUCACCACAGGAGAGAAUAUGGAUUAUUUAGAUGGCGUUCACACGGUGUUCGGAGAGGUCACAGAGGGUAUGGACGUGCUCGCUAAAAUCAAUGAGACCUUUGUUGACAACGACUUCAUCCCCUUCCAGGACAUCAGGAUUAAUCACACCGUGAUUCUGGAUGACCCAUUUGAUGAUCCUGCAGGCCUGCCAGUUCCGGACCGCUCACCUGAACCCACUAAACAGCAGCUGGAUAGUGGUCGUAUUGGAGCUGAUGAGGCCAUUAAUGAUGAUGAGGGCAAAGAUGCUGAAGAGCUGGACGAACUGAUAAAGGACAAGGAAGCAAAGACGCAAGCCAUUUUACUAGAGAUGGUGGGAGAUCUGCCCGAUGCCGACAUCAAACCUCCAGAAAACGUGCUGUUCGUGUGUAAACUCAAUCCUGUGACCACAGAUGAAGAUCUGGAGAUCAUCUUCUCACGCUUUGGCCUCAUUAAAUGCUGUGAGAUCAUCAGAGACUGGAAAACUGGAGAAUCUCUGUGCUACGCCUUCAUAGAGUUUGAAAAGGAGGAGGACUGUGAAAAGGCGUACUUCAAAAUGGACAAUGUCCUGAUAGAUGACCGCCGCAUUCAUGUGGACUUCAGUCAGUCAGUCUCUAAGAUCAAGUGGAAAGGAAAAGGUGGGAAGUACACCAAAGAUGACUUCAAGGCCUACGAGAAAGACCUGGACAACAAAGCCAAACUGGCUUUAAAAGACAAAGUCAAAAGCAAGCAAGACUCGCGGUAUGAGCUUCUCUUAGAUGAGGAUGAGGAUGAUGGAAGAAAAGACGACAGAGAGAAACGAGAGCGGAAACGCCAUUCGGACAGCGAGAGGACCAAGGACAAGAAAUCGAAGGAUCGUGAUGAGAGUCGUAGAGAGAAAGACAAAAGCCGACAGCGCUCACGCUCCAGAGACCGAGAGAGACAGAAGGACAAACAGAGAGAGCGAGGCAGAGACCGAGACGGAGAUCACAAACGCCACAGACGAGAGCGCAGCCGCAGUCCCAGGAGAUCCAGACACUGAAGAUGACCAGAGUAACUCUUACUGAGGACAAACUAAAGUCAUCACCAUCAUUACCUGAUGUGAACAGACUAUUUCACUGUGUUUCUAAAUAGUUGAAGGCUCAGUUCACCCAGAAUUUCAUCUGUCAUCAUUUACUCACACUAUACUUGUACUAAAGCUGUUUGAGUUUCUUCUGUUGAGCACAAAAGAAGAUAUUUUGAAGAAUGCUGGAAUCAUGCAACCACUGACUUCUAUAAUAUUUGAUUUUCCUACUAUGGAAGUCAAUGGUUACAGGUUUCCAGCAUUCUUCAAAAUAUCUUCUUUUGUGUUCAACAGAAAAAAGAAACUCAAAGGUUUGACAGCACUAGAAAGUAAACAGUAAAUGUUCAUUUUUGGGUGAACUUCAGUUUGCGAAAUUAAGCAGCAUGUCUGCGAUAUGCAUUUGUCAACAUGUUGGUUGAUACAAAUAUAAGGAUUUGCAGUGUAGAUGGCAGCUGUGUGUGUUAGUGUGUGUGUGUGUGUGUGUGUGUGUGUGUGUGUGUAUGAACAUUCAGAGUGCUAACAUUCUCAGUAACUCAUUCUCAGUAAAAGCAUCUCUUUCUGGGUUUUUAAUUAUUAUUUUCUGAACUGCAAUAUAAAAAGGCCUUUAGUAAGUGUCUCAUUGUAAGUGUCUCAUUUCUAAAACACCACCGGGUGAGCAGAAAUCCAACUGGAGCACAAUAGUGAAGUCCAAACAUGUUGACUGGAGAAAUCCUUCCCUGAAAUGUUUUCAAUAAAGAAUGAUUGGUAACAUUGAUAA